AUGAGUGAAAAUACGGAAGAAAAGAGCAAUGGCUUGACAGAAAUAGCUUACAAUUUAGAGAAAGACAGCGUAGUUCGAGUGCUAAAUGCCGACGGCCAAGGCUUAGAUGAAGAUGAGAAAUUGCUCAAAACAUUGGGCUACCAACCAAAGCUACAUCGUACGUACGAGUUUUUUGAAAACUUUGCAAGCUCCUUUUCAUGCUGCGACUUUAUGGCAAAUAUUCGGGGCUCAUUUUAUGUAGGAUUGUUAACGGGUGGCCCUUCUGCAUACUGGAUUACUUAUUGCAUUGCGAUUCCCCUGAGUCUAGUAUCUGCGUCAUCCAUUGCCGAAGUUUGUUCUGCAUUGCCUACUGCUGGAUCAGUGUACUUUUGGGCUUCUGCUGCUGGUGGUCGAAAGUAUGGUCGGCUUAUUGGCUUCUUGGUCGCAUGGUGGGCGGUCGUAGCAUGGACCUCCUUUGUCGCUGUUAGUUGUCAUUCUACAUCAAAAUUUAUUUUUGGUGAGCUCCCUGUGUUUAAAUCCAAGUUUUCAGUCAGCUCUACCGAUGUUAAAUUUCGAGCUGUGCAAUGGGCUGUGGGCGAGGGCUUGCUUCUUAUUUCCGUGCUCAUCAACAGUGUACCACCAAAAUGGUUUCGCUAUGUAUUUCGUGCAUCUGUAUUUGUCAUCCUGUUGGACUUUCUGCUCAAUUUAAUUUGGCUUCCCAUCGCUACUUCAAAGAAGUACGGAUUUCGAGACCAAGAAUUCAUGAUGUCGACGAAUUACGGGAUUGGGAAGGUAAAUCAUGGAUGGUCUUGGUGUCUGACUUUCUUCUGUACAGCUCGUAUUCUUGUCGGUUACGACGCUGCUGGACAUGUAGCCGAAGAAACAAAGAAUGCUAGCCAAACUGCAGCUCGAGGUAUGUUUUACUCGGCUUUAUCAAAUAGUAUCUUAAGUUGCUGUAUAAUGAUCGUUUUUCUAUAUUGCCUCCCGCCAAGCCAAAUCUUGUAUCCACUAAUGAAAACAAACGAGCAGCAACCAUUCGUAAGCUUUUAUGCCUUAGUAUUAGGAAAAAGAGCACAUGUUUUUAUGAAUGUUGUUGGAAUAAUUGGAACUAUUUUGGAUACAACCUUAUCCAUUGUAGCUUCGAGUAGACUGGUAUUUGCUGUUGCUCGUGAUGGUGUCUUGCCAUUUUCUCAAUGGCUUAGCAAAGUGGACGGAUACGGCCAGCCAAAAAAUGCUAUCUAUUUCAUAUAUUUUGUAGCUGCUGCUCUCUUGUGCUCAAACUUACCUAGUUCUGUUGCCUUCACGUCUUUAAUGUCGGCUGCCGCUGUACCCACGAUUCUAUCAUAUGCUACUAUAGCUUUCGGGAGAUUGUUUCUUUCCAAAGAUAAAUUUCCCACAUCCAAAUGGUCCCUUGGAUUUCUAUCCAAACCUUUCCUCGUAAUCACCUUUCUGUGGAAUUUAUUUACCGCAGUCAUCCUGUUUUCACCCAAGGCCUAUCCGGUAACUGCCAAAAACUUCAAUUAUGCACCAGUUAUCUUUGGUGCAAUUACAAUAUUUGGCUUGAUUAGCUGGAUGUUAAUACCAGCGGUGAAAUGGAAUACUUUUCAUGAACCAAAAGAUGAUGACGAUCGUUCAUCCCUUCAAAACAAAAUUUAA